AUGACCCUAAUUAUUCUCUCCGGAUCUGAUUUUAAAAAGUCCUGCGGCGAUGGGGUGAAGGCAGUGGGGUCGAGGUAUCGAUUUACCGAGGCUUUAGUUGACACCCUGCACGUAGGCGGCCAGGCGAGAGUGGUCGCUCCCGGAACCGACAGAGGCGAGCGAAAAACUGCUCUUAUAGCGCGAGAACUAGCUCGCUACAAAAUCGAUAUAGCUGCAAUUAGUGAAACCCAUCUGUGUGGGUGCGGUGAGCUAUGUGAACCACUCGGCGGCUACACUUACUACUGGAGCGGACGUCCUGACGGUGAGAGAGCGGGUAAUGGUGUAGGUUUUGCUAUACGCAAUAAAUUGGCAAGAGAUCUGAGUGACUUACCUGAGGCUGUCAAUGACCGUCUCAUGACUCUACGUAAACCAAUCGCACGCAACAAAUAUGUCCAUCUAUUUAGUGCCUAUGCACCUACCAUCCCAUCACCAUUGCCAUCACCGGAUGAAGAUAAAGAGGCGUUUUACCAACAACUUCGUCUGGCUCUUGAUGCUGUACCAAGACAUGAUAAGAUCAUUUUGCUCGGGGACUUCAAUGCCCGAGUAGGGACGGAUCACGAUCUCUGGGUUGGUGUCCUGGGCAAACAUGGUAUUGGGAGCUGUAAUGAUAACGGUACACGUUUAUUGUCGCUGUGUGCCGAACUUGAUAUUAGUAUCACAAACACAUUUUUUCGCUUUUCUGAUAAAUUUAGGACCUCGUGGAUGCACCCUAGAUCCAAACACUGGCAUCUUCUGGACUAUGUCAUUGUUCGCCGUAAAGACCUACGGGAUGUUCUCAUAACGAGAGCAAUGCGUGGGGCGCUGGACUGGACUGAGCAUAGACUCAUUAGAUCGAAAAUCCGCUUAGUGCUUAAAGCUCCACGACGGACAUCCCACAAAGUACCAUCAAAAUUAGCCUUCUCGAAACUCAUAAACUCAACAGAGUUAGGUAAUAAGGUGGAUUCAGAAUUUGCUGCAUGUGCUCCUCAAACUGAGUUUUGCUCAAUAGAGGAUGAGUGGAGAUAUUUUGCAAAAAACCUUCAUGGCUGUAUCAUAAGCACCAUCGGUAAACCAGUAACGAGAAACCAGGACUGGUUCGACGCAUUUGAUGAUGACAUCAAACUACUCGUAGAAGAGCACAGACAUAUACUGAACUCAAAAUUGGCGAAUGUACAUAACAAAAAGGAAUCACAACACAAACUAAGAUUGAGAGUUCUCGAACUUAAGGACAAAUGGUGGAAGGAAAAAGCUGCUAAACUUCAGCACUAUGCCGAUAUGAACCUCACCGGAAAGUUCUUCGAAGCCAUACACGCGAUUUACGGUCCGCGACUCAGAAAAACGGCUCCGAUAUAUUCAAAGGAUAGGCAGCAUCGAGUAACGGAUAAAAAUUCUGUCUUGAAACGUUGGGCCGAACAUUUUAAUGAUGUUCUGUAUCCUACCACACUCAGUGCUAACCUGUCCUAUGUAAACUCACUUGAGGAUUUUCCAGUCAGUGAAUACCUAGACAAUCCACCGACAUUUGAAGAGUUUGUGAAAGCAGUAAAGCGUCUUAAAAAUUCAAAAAGCCCAGGGAUGGACCAACUACCAGCUGAGGUCUAUAAGUAUAGUGGUAAACACAUUGUUAGCAGGCUUUACCAUCUUAUCCUUAACGUGUGGGAAACUGAAGAGGUUCCACAAGAAUGGAAGGAUGCGAUAAUUUGUAAGCUAUACAAAGCGAAGGGAGAUGUUUCCGAUUGCAGCUCUUAUCGAGGUAUAUCGCUCCUCUCCAGUGCCGGCAAAAUCCUUGCUCACAUCAUAAACUCCCGUCUCAGUGAGUUGGCUGAACAGCAUCUUCCCGAAAGCCAAUGUGGCUUUCGUCCCAGUAGAGGAGCUGUUGACGCCAUCUCAAUUGUAAGGCAACUUCAGGAGAAAAGUCUCGAACACCAACAGCCCCUAUUCAUGUGCUUUGUUGAUUUAGAGAAGGCAUUUGAUAGGGUACCACACGAGGCUCUUUGGCUUGUUCUGCAAAAAUUGGGGUAUCGGAAGAAAUUUGUGAAUUUGGUUCGCCAACUUCAUGUUGGCAUGAAAGCCCAGGUUCAGCACGAAAACGAACUGUCUGAGGAUAUUGUAAUAACUAGCGGAGUAAAGCAAGGAUGUGUCAUGGCACCCAAACUUUUCGUCAUAUACUUUGCUGUGGUAAUGAGAGACGCGCUGAAGAGAUGGUGUGGGCAUGUCCUACGCAUGGACGAUCGUCGUUUGCCUAAAGCUGUAUUUUAUUCGGAGUUAGCUAAAGGCAAACGGAAGCAUGGUGGGCAGUAUUUGCGAUACAAGGACGUGUUUAAAAGACAUCUAAAAGCUUGUGACAUUGGCAUAGAGUGUUGGGAGGAGCUCGCUUCCUAA